GCCUGGGGUCUUUGGGGUGAGGCCUUCUUGAGCCGAGGACCAUGAACCGUAGCCGCCAGGUGACGUGCGUGUCCUGGGUCCGCUGCGGCGUGGCCAAAGAGACGCCAGACAAGGUAGAACUGAGUAAAGAAGAAGUGAAACGCCUCAUCAGUGAAGCACAGGAAAAAUUGCAAGAACAAGUCAGCAGUGAUGAGGAGGAAGCCGGUGACCUGUCAGAAGGGGGCAUGCAGAGUGCUCGCACCCAGGCACGACCCAGGGAGGCCCUGGAGGAUGGCGACCCAGAGGACGACAGGACACUGGAAGACAAUGAGCUGGCCGAGUACGACUUAGACAAAUACGAUGAGGACACAGACCCAGAUGCUGAGACUCUGGGUGAAUCUCUUCUGGGUCUGACAGUCUAUGGGAGUAAUGACCAGGAUCCCUAUGUGACUCUGAAAGACACGGAGCAAUAUGAACGUGAAGAUUUCUUGAUUAAGCCCAGCGAUAAUCUCAUCGUUUGUGGUAGAGCUGAACAGGACCAGUGCAAUUUGGAAGUCCAUGUUUAUAAUCAAGAAGAAGACUCUUUUUAUGUACACCACGAUAUACUCCUGUCUGCCUAUCCUCUGAGCGUGGAGUGGCUGAAUUUUGAUCCUAGCCCAGAUGAUUCUACAGGAAACUAUAUUGCGGUGGGAAACAUGACCCCCGUUAUUGAAGUGUGGGACCUCGACAUAGUGGACUCUUUAGAACCUGUCUUCACACUUGGAAGUAAGCUAUCAAAAAAGAAGAAUAAAAAAGGAAAGAAGGGUUCCUCAACAGGAGCACAUACUGAUGCUGUCCUUGACCUGUCCUGGAACAAGCUUAUCAGAAAUGUGCUGGCAAGUGCGUCCGCUGACAACACUGUGAUUCUGUGGGAUAUGUCCUUGGGGAAGCCUGCAGCGAGCCUUGCUGUGCACAGAGACAAGGUCCAGACUCUGCAGUUUCAUCCAUUUGAAGCACAGACCCUGAUUUCCGGAUCAUACGAUAAGUCUGUGGCUCUGUACGACUGCCGAAGUCCAGACGAAAACCACCGGAUGUGGCGGUUCAGUGGACAGAUUGAGAGAGUGACGUGGAAUCACUUUUCCCCAUGCCAUUUUUUGGCUAGCACAGAUGAUGGCUUUGUCUACAAUCUGGAUGCACGCUCAGAUAAGCCUAUUUUCACACUAAAUGCACACAAUGAUGAAAUCUCUGGUCUUGCCCUAAGCAGUCAGAUCAAGGGUUGCCUUGUGACUUCUUCAGCUGACAAAUAUGUGAAGAUAUGGGACAUACUCGGGGACAGGCCCAGCCUUGUCCACUCCAGGGACAUGAAAAUGGGUGUUCUCUUCUGUUGUUCUUGUUGCCCUGAUCUGCCAUUUGUUUAUGCCUUUGGAGGACAGAAGGAAGGGCUCCGGGUCUGGGACAUAAGCACAGUGCCUUCAGUAAAUGAAGCUUUUGGACGACGGGAGAGGCUUGUUCUUGGCAGUGGGAGAAGUUCAUCUGUCAGCGGCCCUUUGGGGAGCAGUAGCUCAGACACCCCAAUGGAGUCCUGAUGAAGAAAGUGUUGUUUCCUG